GUCCGCUUUGACUUUACGGAUGUUACUGCUGGCUGCGCUUGCUAGGGUAAUAAAAAGUCAUCAUACUUAAAGCCGUUUAGCACCUCCAUGCGGUUCAGGUUGUCCAGUUAUGUUCGGCUCUUCCGAUUAAGCAGCUUUACCAGUGACCUGAGUGUGUCAGCGAAUCCGUCCCGCCACCGCACCAUACCGACAUUUUACGGUGGUGUUCAGAUACUCAUCACCCGGAAAGUCACGAUGCAAGCGAACCACCGGAAUAGUGGCGGCGCGGAGGGCUCGGACGGAGGGGAUAAACCGGGGCCAGCGCUCCGCGGCAGUUAUAUUACCAGCCCGAGCCAAUCCUCAGGAGACGCCGGGUUUCCGGUGGAGAAGAAGGGAGUAGCGAGCUCCCUUCUGUUAAAUGAGAGACAUCUGAGGUGCCCGAGUCCUCUGGUGGAUGACGACUCGGAAGCUGAGGCUUUCCGGGAUGGGAGAAGCGAGGAAGUCGACCGGGAAACGAAAAGCAGGGCCUUUUUAUGGUGCAGAGACUUUUUGUCUGGAUCCUGGAAAACAGUCCAGGAAGCGGACUUUCAAAUUAGUAUUGUCAGUGGCGGAUUGAGUAACCUGCUGUACCUGUGUAGUUUGCCGGACCAUGUCCAAUGUAUGGGAGAAGAACCUCGUCAGGUGCUCCUGAGAGUCUACGGUGCCAUCUUACAGGGUGUGGAUUCUCUGGUACUAGAGAGUGUGAUGUUUGCUAUUUUAGCAGAGCGAACUUUGGGUCCAAAACUUUAUGGCAUCUUUCCAGAGGGACGCUUGGAACAGUACUUACCGAACACCCGGAUGCGAACAGAACAGCUCUCCGAUCCCGUCAUCUCGGCUGAGAUUGCCACCAAGGUGGCACGCUUCCAUAAUAUGGUUAUGCCCUUUAACAAAGAGCCCAAGUGGCUGUUUGGGACCAUUGACAAAUACAUGGAUCAAGUGAUGAAAAUUAAAUUUGUGCGUGAAGCACAUGUGAAAAAGUACAAGAAACUGGUGACCUUUGACCUGGCUGCUGAGCUCAAGAGUCUCCGUUCAUUGCUGGCAGCAACUCCAUCUCCAGUGGUGUUUUGCCAUAAUGAUGUCCAAGAAGGAAACAUCCUAAUGCUUGAGGACAGGGGCAGCUCAUCGACAGAAAGACUUAUGCUGAUAGACUUUGAAUACAGCAGUUACAAUUAUAGGGGUUUUGACCUUGGGAACCAUUUUUGUGAGUGGAUGUAUGAUUACACACAUAACGAGUGGCCGUUUUACAAAGUUACACCCGAGAACUUCCCAACCAGAGAGCAGCAGCUGCAUUUCAUCCGAAGUUAUUUGGCAGAACAACAUCGCCACUCCAACAGUGACCUGGACCAGAGACAGAUUGAAGAGGACAUGAUAAUUGAGGCAAACAGAUAUGCAUUAGCAUCACAUUUCCUUUGGGGGCUGUGGUCCAUCAUUCAAGCUAAGAUAUCCAAGAUUGAGUUUGGAUAUAUGGAUUAUGCUCAGAGCCGAUUUGAUGCCUACUUCAAGCAGAAAAGGCUCUUCUCCUAAAUCCCUUGGAUCAGAAAAGCAGAAUGUACUGUCUUGAACUCUUUUAUCAUCUUUCCAGCUCUGUUCAUGCUUAUGCAAAGACUUGAUAUGCUCUAUUUUAAUGUCUGAUUGUAGUUCGUCAAUGUAAAAAAAAAAAAAAUGCUUUUAAAAGAUGCACAAAUUCCGCUUCUGGGCUGGAACAUUUACCUUUUAAGAGCCUCUGUUCUGUGGACCACUUUGUGACCUCUCUGCAUGUUUAAUCAUUUUGCUGUGUUCUCCGCAUGUCAGAGGUCAGAGGUCACUGAAUGUCAGAGAAUUACGGUCUUCACCUGGAACUGAAAUUUGAAUCAAUUUUGGAACAAAUCCAAACUACAGAGUUUCUGAAGUGGAAAGCUUUUGUGUAACCCUUUACUGUAGAGUUUUUACUAAUUCUACCUCAUUUUUCUUAAUGUCCACUCCACAAUAGGAUGUAUACAUUCUUCAUUAAUUCCCUCCAGACUGACUUUCUUGUGAGUUAAACACUCCAUGUGCUAUCUGUUGAUAAAAUCCAGAUAUUCUUAUCCAGUUAUUCCUCAGAACUCGGUAAAAUAUUAAAACCCAUUCAUUUUAAGCACACAGUAAAAUAAGGGCUAUUUCCUACAGCUUCACAGUUGUAAACAGCACUGCUUGUGAAACCAUGAGAGGAAUUGUAACGUUUACAUUAACUUUAUCCUCGUUGUUUGUUUUCUUCAACACUCACAGCAGUUACUAAUAGAUGGUUUCUGCUUUACAGCCUUCUGUCAUGCUUAAAGUAUUUAUGCAUUUUUUUUGUUAGUAUCAGCUAGUAAUAACAGUUCAUGAACUCAAUUUCAUUUUCAACACCAUCUUUCAGGGUUGAGAUGCAUUGGAAUAUGAAGGAGGGUUUCCAACUUUCUGAAUUGUUUCUGAAAUUGUCUCUAAAAAGUGUUUUUUUUUUUUUUUUUUUUUUGACUGAACAUAGACCUGUGAAUUUUAAUGAUAUAAUUUAUGUGUCCGGUUUUAUUUAAAACUUUUCCUUUUGCAGUGUCACCCUAUAACUACUUGUCUGGAUAUUUUUCUACUAAUAAGAAAAAAAAUCGUAGUAUUAAAGGUCUUUG